CCUUCCCGUUCACUUUUCGACUAUGAUUUUGCUCCAAAAUUGUCUGUUUUCUGUGCCGUGACAGACACGUUGCCCAGCAGAACGCGGUGACUGCCAGUCGGGCUGACACAGUUUCCAAUCAACCAUGGACGUCGACGAGGGUCUAGUGAUGGCCGAAGCCGAAGACCAGGACCCCGACGUCUCUGCACCCCUCCAAGCACAAGCGGCUGCGUCGUCUUCACCCUCUCGAGACAGGAUUCGUUUAGUUCCAGCCCCACGCAAAAGGGGCCUUUGGAAGAGGAAGCAGGAUUCAAGCAUGAAGCCCAACGUGGUCGUGGAUGAAAUGUUCCCCGAAGGCGCUGGUCCAUACAUGGACAUAGAUGAGCCUGGUGGCUCCAGUGGACUUCUGAUGGACCUAGCCGCCAAUGAGAAGUCGGUUCACACGGAUUUCUUCAACCAAUUUGAUGACUUAUAUGAUGAUGAAGAUUUGUCAUGAGCAUCACUUCACCCCUUGAUGAGUACCCUUGAUCAAUCGGACUUAUUUUUGCACCAAGUUCCAGCCAAUUGAUUUGGUGCUUUGAUAUGUGCCCUACCCAUCCUGAGUUUGCUGACCCAUGUGACAGAUGCUAAUUCAUUAGAACUAAGGCAUCUGGAAACUUUUGUUUUGUUUAACUAGUUUAAUUUUGUGUAUUUGUACAUAUGUAUUCCUUGUAAAGUAAAGACUGGAGUGUGUUUCAAUGACCAUAGCGUAGGUUUUUUUUUUAAAGGAAAAUAAAGAAACAUACCAA